AUGGCAGCCAUCGAAUAUCCAUCUACCCCGGCCUCUAUCCCCCUCCACCAUCACCAAGCAACCAUGGAAGCAUCUCGAUCUUCCGAUGGCGAGAGACGACGGAAGGAAGAAAACCUGGCCAAAGCCAAAGCUAAUGUCCAACGUAUUAUCCAACUUUACAACUCUGGAAAGCCACUAUUUACACGAACACUCUUGAAGGACCUUCACGAGCAGAUCGUUCAGGGAAAAGACAAAGUUAAGAUCCCAACUUGGAAUGAUGAGGCAAAAACAUAUAGCCUCAAAGUUCCUAAAGACCUCGCCGAAAGAUGGCAAGUCCAAUCUGCUCCAAUCAGACACAGUCUGUCCCUCUAA